AUGGACGCCGCCGCGAACCGACGGUCAAUGCUGCCCACCAUUCAGACGACACAUCAUGGAGACCCGAGUACUACGAAAAGGAGCGCGGCAGAGCUCCGGAGUGUCUCGACACCGACGCUGGGAGGCAAGAGGCGCAGUUUCUUAUCGAAGACCUUCAGGAAGGUUAGCAGCAGCUCGUCAUCCACCGACCUCGCAUCCAUGUCCGAGGAGGCAUCCAGUGGCCUCCAUAUGAAGUCGAAACGAGUCCUGCACAAGAACAACGGAUCUGGUGGCUCGAAUUCGUCCUCGAUCUUCUACCGUCUCAACCGCCGAGCUUCCAAGGACUCGUCCGCGAGUUCUCACAUGUCGGAGGAAACACCAAACUAUCUCAGCCCUCAGCCGCCGCCGCCGCCGCCGAAUCCUGUUAGGAUCCUUAAGCAUGGACCGCUGAAGACCGACAGCCGGUUGUGGAAGUCCCGCGCAGAGUAUGUCGUUUUGACUGAUGGACAUUUGAUCAAAUUCAGCAGCGUCGAAGCAGCGAGAUCAAAUUUUAAUGAAUUGGCUCCUCCGACGGCGCGCCUCAAAAGGUCAUCGACAUCGUCCACUUUGAGCCAGGAUGGAACACAUUCGGACGGCCGGGUCGAGAUCCCUCUGUGCAGAAUCGUCAACAUUUUCAACGAAGAGGGUGUGAGUCCACACUUUGGACUGGAUGUAUGGUGGUCCGAGACUUCUCCUUUGGUAUCAUGGGCUUGCACAAAACUGUUCUUUGGUAUGCCUGCAGAACGAGACGAUUGGAUGUCGGAAAUUCGCCAUGCUAUUCGUGAGUCUGCGGGCUCAUCCACCGUGCCAAAGGGUCUCAUCGCGUCCAAUGUUGAGUCUGCCAUUUACGCCAUCGUUGCAAGAGAAGAACCGUCAUGCCGCGGAUGCCCGCUAGACAUCUUCCCGGUCGUCCAACGCACCACCCUUCUGAGUUCCAAGGCAGAGAACAUUGAAAAUGCCAAAAAGUCUCGUGACGGGUCAUCGUAUUACUUGCUCCUCGGCCAGAACAAGUGCUAUCUUGUCCGAGUUGCUAGGACGUCGGUCUACAAGGCUCCCCAGGAUAUCGACAUCAGCACUGUAGUCUUUGGUCUGACAUCACUGGUCCGUCUGAAAGCUACUAUGGUCCCUCACGAAGAGCGGUUUGUUCUUGGGUUCCGAUUACCCUGCGAAAACGAAAAGCGCCUUGAGCUCGCCAGCCGUUGGUACAGAGAGAUUGUCAUGACAUUCAUGAAGGCAGACCGCGCGGUAAAGCCUGCAUGGCCUCAGCACAUGCAACGAGACAUCUUCGACAUCAGAGGCCUCACCGCCCAGCUUCUGCUCCCCUCGGGCCAGGAUUACGGUGGUCUCAAGCGAACCCUCGAAGCCUAUUGCGCGACCUUUCAAUGCAAGGCCCCUGAAUGGACUGUGAACUGGAAGUGCGAACGUAGGGAACACUGCCCUGAGUUCCGACUCCUCCCUGCGAAGGAAUCAGGCGGAUAUUCGGCUCUCCAGCUUUUGGCAGUCUUUAAAGCGCUCCGGUUCAACGACUACUUCAAGGCCCUGUCAUUUCACGAUGUUGACUUCUCGCCGCUGUGCGGCUUGACCGAUGUUCCAGGCUGGGAUGAGUCUGUGGCAGACGUCAACCGAGACGGAGUCGUGAUCGAUGGCGUUCACCGCGACAUCCUCAAGUCUGCGCCAUUACUAUCUCAAGAGAUCCACGCGGUUGCCUUCACCUCCGGAUCAGUCAGGAAGAUCGACCUGACCAACGUUCUGGCGUCGCGGAAUAUAGUUGGCGUUUCGCGUGCUCGAGCUGGUUCCAAGAAGGAGCCCGAAGUUGUUCGCCCGAUCCUCCUGCUCCUCAGAACAGGCUGCAUUCCUUGCGACACUCUGCUGGUCGGCGGAAACCCACUGACCGCUGCAGAAGUUGACGAUCUGGACCUGCUAAAAGAACUGGACAUUUCGAGAUGCAACCUUGACGAGAGGAGCCUGGAAGAGAUCUGGGACGCCUUGCCAUCUCAAGGAUACAAGAUGGAAGCACUAAACACCUCCCGCAAUAUCGGCCACGUGGAUCACAUGGUUGUGAAAAACAACCUUUCCCACUUUGUCUGCCUUCGAAAGCUUGGGAUGGCCGGCAAUUGCCUCAGUCAGUUUAGGGAUCCCAUCUUCUUUGAUGAAACCAUAAUGCAAUGGGGUCUGGAGGAGCUGGAUCUGUCCAACAUCAACUGUCCCGAGGCCAACUACCUGCGCAGGCUAGAUCUUAACAACUGCGGGAUGACCGGUACCCAAAUCGCUGAGUUGUUCCGCAGCAUGGGCCAGGGUAGAGUAAUGACAUGCUCCAUUAGUGGCAAUUACCUAGAGACUGGCACGGAAGCACUGUCAGCUGCGAUCGCCGAUAACUUUGGGCCAACAUCAUUGUUCAUGGACAUGAUCGAGUUCCAGAACGAAGAGAACUACAUCAAAAUCAUCAAGGCACUGUCUCUCAACCGUACCAUCCGACUUCUCAGUUUGGUAGGAACGUCGACCCCUGGGCAGGUUAGCGAAGAGGCUUGCAUGGCUGUGUCGGAUUUCUUUGCUACGAAUCAGUCGGUUCAGUAUCUGGACUUUUCCGGCUUCUCUGCCAAACUCGACGAGGGUCAGCUGGGUCUGGGAUUCUCGCGCUCCUUGUCCGGACUCGCCGAGAACACAGCGUUGCGCCAUUUGCGAGUUCGCAACCAAAAGCUAAACCUGAAUAUCGGCGAUCUGGCACACGCCAUCCACCUCAACCAGACUCUGUCAACUUUGGAUGUGCAGGAAAACAACUUCAACCUAUCGAACCUGUCGCACAUGGUUAAGUCUCUCGACCAGAACAGCUCCAUCCAGGAGUUUUGCCCCUUUUCGCGCUCCGAGCUCAACGCAGCUGUCAAAUCGAGCGUGCAGAACGUGGGAAUGCCCACCAGCCAGCCCUCCACAGCUCGAGCUCGCCGAGCAUCGAAGGUUCUUUCGAAAGCCACGUUUGAGAACUUUGCAAUGGAGAUGGACAAGAAUAACGCUCUCAUGCAAAACCUAAAGGACGAAUGGAGUGUCAAGACGGCUCAGAUCGACCACGUCCUCGAGAGGAACCGAACCUUGGCCCUCGAGAAAGAGAUGGCUCGUAUGCAGUGGGAUCCGCAGGAAGAGGGCCAGGAGGACUGGAUCACCCUUGAACUAAGCAAUGUCUUUGGUGGACUUGCGGUCAAGGCCAUGAAGACUCGCCGUAGGAUCAUGCAACCCGGCUAUCGUGGAAGCGUGUACUUCGGCGCCAAUACUCCUCCUUUGGAACCUAUGGAAGAAUUCGGUGCCCAAGCAGCUCCGCAUCACCGGCUCUUCUGGUCUUCCAACGCCCCCGAAUGGGCACCAGCAGAAAGCCCUGUCAAGGAAUACGCCAUUGCGUCGAGCGCGCCCCAGUCUCGCGAUGCCCCACGCAUUGUGGACGAUAACACUGACGAUUUCGACCUAUCUCUUCUGAAACAUAUGAUUCAGCACGGCUUUGACCUCGACGAACCGACGCAGGCUCAGCCCGAGGACGUUGGCAGGAAAGCCGGGACCUCAGUGUCGACCACGAGACUCGGGUAA